AUAUUUGACCAAUAUUUUGUCACUAUAAAAGAAAUGUAGAAAAUUGUAAACGAUAUCAGUUCAUUCAGCUCCAUUGCAAAGAACAGUCUUCUACAACAAACAAAACUCAAAAUGAAAUUCAUCAUCUGCUUGGCUCUUUUCAUUGCUGCUGCUUCAGCUCAUGUUUUAGCUCCAGUUGCCACUUACACUGCUGCUGCUCCAGCUUAUACCACCUACGCAGCUGCUGCUCCUGCUUAUACUACCUACUCCGCUGCCGCUCCCGCAUACACCACUCACGCAGCUGUUGCCCCUGCCUAUACCAGCUACUCAGCUGCUGCUCCCGCAUACACAACCUAUGCUGCUGCUGCACCAGCCUAUACCUCCUCUGUUUACAGCGCUCCAGCUUCAUAUGUGGCCGCCCCUGCUGUGUAUAGUGCUAGCCCAGUUGCUGCUUAUGCUGCUCCCGCCACCGUCUACUCUACAUUGUUGAAGAAGAAAUAAGCUCUUUGAAAUUGGAAUAUGAAUAUUGAUGACUUGUUGCAUUUUUAAAAUUUGAUUUAACUGAAAACAUUUUAAGAAAAAAUAAACUCGAAAAUAAAAGUUAUAAAAAAGCUUUUUAUGCAUUAAAUUA